AUGACUUCGUCGAGCGCUGCAGAGGAGCUGGAGCGUCUUCAGUUGUCGGACGAGGAUACUGAAGAACUAUGGAAUUCUCCAUCCCAGCGACGUGCAAAGUCAGUCAUUCAGAAAACCAGCACUACACCGACACCCGCAGAGAGACCACAACCUCGAGAGAGCGAUACAGUCUACGACCAAGAGGAGGCUCACGAGCAAGCUUUGCGCAAUGAAUUGCACCGUGUGAGGGCUGUGAACCAGGCCAUUGAGGGUGUUCUGCAUAGCCUCCAGCAAGCUAGAGGAAACAUGGAGAACGUCUCUCGCACUGUUGAUUCGGCUUCGACAUUAAUGAAUACCUGGACAAGAAUCCUCUCACAAACUGAACAUAACCAGAGACUUCUUUUGAACCCUAAGUGGCAGGGUGCCUCGAACGAUAUCGCUGAGAUGGAGAUCGAGGCUGCAGCGAAACAACAAGCAGCUGAACGAAGGGAAAAGGAGCUCCAAGAACGCAGAGAAGCUGCUAAAAAGACCGAGGAGGACAAAAAGCGCGCCGAGAGCGUCACAACGACUAGAGGCCGUGGUACAACUAGAGGCAGGGUGGUUCGUGGAGGGCUUGGAAGAACCACGAGUGUCUCUUCUAAAGGCAAGGCUGGAACGCAGACUUCUUCAUCGACCUCUACUCGACGACCGGUAAGCGGUUUGGCGCGAGGUUCCUCAGGUACAGCUCGUGCCCGGGGUAAGCCUUAG